UAGCGGCAGCGGCGGCUGGGUGACAUAACGCUGUGAGGGACAAACAUGGCGGCGGCGCUGGGACCUCUGACCAGAGUCUUCAGACUGAGCAGCAGCAUCUGCAGGAUCCACAGACUGCUGCCGACCAGGAGUUCACAGAGGCGAGGGAUAGCCUCGUGUGUCGACCCCGCUCACGGACUCACAGAUGAACAGAAGGAGUUCCAGAAAGUGGCCUUUGACUUUGCAGCCAAUGAAAUGGCUCCGCACAUGGCAGAGUGGGACCAAAAGGAGAUAUUUCCAGUAGAGACGAUGCGUAAAGCAGCCCAGCUGGGGUUUGGUGGGAUCUAUGUUCAGCCAGAUGUCGGCGGAUCAGGUCUUUCUCGGCUGGACACGUCAGUCAUCUUUGAGGCUUUAUCCACAGGAUGUGUCAGCACCACGGCCUACAUCAGCAUCCACAACAUGUGCGCCUGGAUGAUUGACACUUUUGGCAACAACGAGCAGAGGGAGAAGUUCUGUCCUGAUCUCUGCUCCAUGGAAAAGUUUGCUUCCUAUUGUCUCACUGAACCAGGCAGCGGCAGUGAUGCUGCUUCACUUCUGACCUCUGCACAGCAGAAAGGUGACCACUACAUCUUGAAUGGCUCUAAGGCCUUCAUCAGCGGAGGAGGAGACACGGACGUUUAUGUUGUGAUGUGCAGAACAGGAGGUAAAGGGCCUAAAGGCAUCUCUUGUCUGGUGGUGGAGAAGGGAACCCCCGGCCUUAGUUUUGGCAAAAAAGAAAAAAAGGUGGGGUGGAACUCUCAGCCGACCAGGGCGGUGAUAUUUGAGGACUGUGCAGUUCCGGUGACCAACCUGCUCGGUGAGGAAGGACAAGGUUUCAGCAUCGCCAUGAAAGGCCUCAACGGAGGCAGGAUUAAUAUUGCUUCCUGUUCACUUGGGGCGGCACAUGCCUGUGUACAGCUGGCGAGGGAUCACCUGUUGGUGCGCAAACAGUUUGGAGAGACGCUCUCCAACAACCAAUUUCUUCAGUUCAAACUGGCAGAAAUGGCCACCAAGUUGGUUGCGUCUCGUCUCCUGGUGCGUGAAGCUGCGACAGCGCUGCAGGAGAACCGGACCGACGCGGUUUCCCUCUGCGCCAUGGCCAAGCUCUUUGCCACAGACGAGUGCUUUGACAUCUGCAACCAGGCGCUUCAGAUGCACGGGGGCUACGGUUACCUCAAAGACUACGCGGUGCAGCAGUUUGUCCGUGACAUUAGGGUACAUCAGAUCCUUGAGGGGACAAACGAGGUGAUGAGGAUGAUUAUUUCUCGAAAUCUUCUGACGGAGUCGUGAUGAAACUCCUUCCCUUGAUCUCCAAGUGGCUUCAGUGGUGACCAUAGUAUUAUGGUCUUCAUCUCUGAUUUGUUACUGUGUGACUUGUUUUCUGUAUUGCCUCCUGCAUUAUAGUUUUUCCAAGGGUGAAAAAAGUUUUCUAGUAUAAUA